ACUUCAGUUUCAUAUAUUUUAAGGCGAAGAGGUACACUCGGGCUUCCAGGGGUUAAAAAUAUUUAAAUUUUCAGCAAAGAAAUAUAGAAGCUUUAUUCGAGAUUUAAAAAUGUACCGUUUAACAAUUAUGUGUCUCGCGCUUUUGUUAGCCACAGUCUCGGCUACAAAUGUAAAACAGUGUAAAAAAGGUCAACCCUUUCCGUUAAGUGUUGAUAUCGAAGGCUGCGAAACGGUGCCAUGCAAUGUGAUCAAAGGCUCGACGGCUAUCAUGAAUGUGCACUUUGUGGGCACUCGUGACAACACUAAGAAAAUUACGGGCGUCGUUCAUGCUACUUCAUUAGGCAUCACUAUACCCUAUCCGCUGCCCGAUGAGGUUGCUGAUGUCUGUAGCAAUUUAUUAUAUGGCGCCGAAUGUCCGAUCGAUGAAACUGAGGAUGUAGUAUAUAAUUUCAAAUUUGAUGUUGAUUCUUCUUAUCCGGAAGUGAGUGUGAAAGUUCAAUUGGAUUUGGUUGAUGAGCUGAACCAGUCGGUGGCCUGUUUUAUUGCUGAUAUUAAAGUGCAAAAGGGUUAAGCCGUGAUCUUGGCUGUGAAUAUCCUUAAUGUGAUUAAAAUAUUAAUUAAUGUUUAUUAAUGAUUACAAAAGUGCCAUUCAAAUAGUUUAAAUUAUGCUAAAUGUAAACUAAACAAAUAAAGCAAUAUUGAAAAUAUAAUAAAGACUGCCAGGAUCACGUGCUGGAGAUCAAAAAACUCAA